AUGGCGGCGGGGCGGGCAGGGAGUGUGCUGCUGACCGGCUCCAACCGCGGCAUCGGGCUGGAGCUGGUGAGGCAGCUGCUGGGGGUUCCCACGCCACCCACCUGUAUCUUCGCCACCUGCCGGGACCCCGACGGGCCUCGGGCCAAGGGGCUGAGAGAUAUGGCAUCCAGACACCCAAACCUGGUUCUUGUGAAGCUGGAUGUCGCAGACCCCUCGGCUGUGACUUCUGCAGUGAAGGUGGUGGAGGGGAAGCUGAACGGCCUGGGCCUGAACUUGCUGAUAAACAACGCCGGCAUCUACAGCCCCACAGCCUCGCUGGGCACCGUGGACGCUGAGGACAUGAUAAGGAUAUACCAGACCAAUACCGUGGGACCAAUGCUGAUGGCCCAGGCCUUCCUGCCCCUGUUGAAGAAGGCUGCCCAAGAGAGCACAGAGAAAGGCCUGAGCUGCAGCAAGGCAGCCAUCAUCAACAUCUCUUCUGUCCUGGGGUCCAUCCAGAAGACCCCCGAGACAUUCUUCAAGCCUGUCAUCUCCUACCGUUGCAGCAAGGCUGCCCUCAACAUGCUCACCAAGUGCCAGGCUCUGACCUACAGGGACGCUGGCAUCCUCUGCGUGGCACUUCACCCCGGCUGGGUGAAAACCGACAUGGGCAGCCAGGAGGCUGACCUGGCGGUGGACACCAGCGUGCGGGGGCUGCUGUCUGUGCUGCCCAUCCUGUCUGAGAAGCACUGUGGGGCUCUGCUCAACUGGGAAGGUAAAGCCAUUCCUUGGUGACCAGAGGACUUGGCUCUGAGCUCUGCGAGGGACCUGUCUGUGCCUCCCACAGGUGUGCAGGGCAGUCUGUGGUCCCUGCCUUCAUCUUGCUGCUCAAUAA